AGUGUGAAUCGUGUAUUGUCAUUAGCGCGAGUGAACAGGUGGGAUUGCGAUGAGAACAUGCUGGGCCAAUGAAUAUGUGUCAGGCUAGACCAGUUUUACAAUGGGGUGAAAAUUACUGAUAUGACUGUGUUAUAAACAUCAAUCUGUCAAGAACUUCUGCUGCGGCGGAGAGUGAUUUUCAGUGGAGUGGUCUAUAUAUUGUUUCAAGUGGAUCGAAGUUAUGUAAGUUGCAGUGUGUCGAUCCUGUUCUGGAGGUGCUUAUUGAUGAAACAGUCUCAGGGUUUUAGCGUUGCAAAACUUUUGGACAAACUCUGGACACUUGUCAAAGUUGAGAUAUCAGUCUUGGUUCGUGACUGUUCUGGGCAAGUUCUGGUGUGUUUGUGAAGUUCUGAGGACUUUGUUCUAGAGGUACACAACCUCAUAGAGUGAGUGUAGCAGCAUGGAUUGACCACCACUCAACAUAUCUGUCACGGAUCAAGUUCCAUCACAGAUGCUGGCAAUUCUUGUGUAUAUUACUGUAUACACUUUGGAUACUGAUUUGUGUUCAGCGUGAAAACUUACGUGAGAAUGUGAUCAGCUUUAGAAAGUUUUAACAUUUGAAUUAUAUAAUAAUGUGCCGCUGUUGAUCUAGUCAAUCAGGGCUCUGUUCAAGGAACCCUUGUGAUCAAAAUCUGAUUGUGCCAAUGUUUUUUAUUAUAUUUGAGGAUUAAUAGAGUGUUAAUAGAUGAUUUUCUGAGACAGCUGAUUGUUCAUUGGAGAGUUUCAGUUAUUUGGAUUCACAAACAGUUGCACAUGUGUGGUUAUUUAUCAGCUUGAAGUUUGCAAGAUUAAUGUUUAAAUAUUUUAAGUCAUCACAGGACGUUGUGUGGGGAACGUGAAUGUCCAGCCAAGAUGACAAGCAAAGGCUUGUAGUUUGUGGAAAUGAAACAUUCCACUGGGUUGUUUGCAUAGCUUGUAGAGGAGGUUGACAUUCUUGAAUUUAAACCAAAGGAAAAUGUCAGGCUGCCAUUGAUGACAGUGGCAGAAAGGUAUGAACUACACAUUCUGUGGAUGAUGUAUAUGUGUAAUAGUUUGCGGAUCCAGCAAAUAUUUUAACACUGGAUAUAAACUGGUGUAUGAUAACAUGGACAAAAGAUGAUUCUGAGUUUGUUGUGAUACAUUCAGCAGUUUGUGAAGUGUUUCGGGCAGAAAUAUUGUAUUUGUCGUAAUACAACAGAGUUGUCACAAGAAGUACCUGGUUGAUGGGUGGAAUUGAUAUGACUCGUUAAACUUCGUUACAGAGACUGUAUAGAGUAGGGUCACAGAAGUUUGACUUUUUGUGUGAAAUGAAAAAGUACUCUCUUGUCUGAAGGCUAUCCUGGAAACAUGGCUUCCCUGUUGUGAGAUCCAGAUGUCACGUUUUGUCUGAUCACAAAAAGCUCUACAGCUGGUUAUCAUUAAUGUCCUACGGCCAAAUUUCUACUGAGAAGCCCAGAUGGUGUUGUGUGUAUAAUGUCACAGUCUGUUAUAUUCUGUAGGUUUUAUCGUUUGUUUUGUUAACGUCAUACUGCAUUGUGAAGAGUUGCAAUCCUUCGGUCAAGGUGCAGUGAAGAAACCUCAGACUUCAGUGUGAAGAGUUCCGUUUCAUUGGAUGUGGUGUUUCCCGAAAACCUCAGACUUCACUGUGAAGAAUUCCGUUUCAUUGGUUGUGGUGUUUUCGAAAAACCUCAGACUUCAGUGUGAAGAGUUCCGUUUCAUUGGAUGUGGUGUUUCCCGAAAACCUCAGACUUCACUGUGAAGAAUUCCGUUUCAUUGGUUGUGGUGUUUUCGAAAAAUCUCAGAUUUUACUGUGCAGAGUAUUUCCUUUGAUGACUCAAAUUUUAUAUGCAGGAAUUGACAAGUAGAUGUCCCUGUAAGGAGCUAUACCUCCAAGGUCAGGAGAGGGCCGUAUAAUGCACACUCCACUUUAUAGCAGAUCUAUAAUGAUGACUUGUGACGUUCCUUUACAAGAUGAAAUAGUAAUUUAUGUCUUGACAACUUGAUAAAUCCAAUAGAAAGAAAUAUUUAUAUUUUUUACAUAUAAGUUGUUUAUUCAGAUAGCAAUGACUUGGUCUUUAAAGUUUAUAUUUUCUUGUAAAAUAUUUGUCUAUUUCAUGAUGCUUGUGUAGAUGUCUGCCGUUAUGAUCACCUUCAUGAUGUAUCAGUUAGAAUUGUUCUGUCAGUAAAUACAUAGAUUGUUGACAACACUUGCUUCCAUUUGAGGUUAAAGUAAAUCCGAUUUGUCUGAGGCCAUGUUCAAUAAAUACCUCGACACGCAACCAAGAACACGAUGACCGAUAUUCCGAAUGAAUCACCCUUGGGCAAACCUUUGCACCUUGCCAUGAGACUUCACCUUCAUUAAGCGAUCAUUUAUAACAGGCUUUUGGGAAUGAAAUUUUGGAAACCCCCAUGUUAUCUUGCUUAACGUAAUCAAGGGCUUAUGUGCUGUCGUCUCAGUAGCUAAUGUUAUGUGAUGGACGUAAGUAUCGUGUUAGUGUGGUAAUUGUUGCAGGAGCCUUGUGGUAACGACUAAGAGAAUCAAUGAUAGGAUCAUUUGAUGUAAUCUGGAUGAGUAGUUUAAUGCCUGUCUGAUGUCUGUCAAUGAGAUCCUUUCUCUGGUACUGAUGGACUGUGUGUUGUCAGUAUGAGGAAUGAGGCUAAUAGCAUGCAGAUAAAACCUAUUUUCUGGAAAUUGAUAUGUAUUUGUGACCGGCAUAUUGAGUAUUUUUUUACAUUUUUAUAUAUUUGCCUGUGUUGAUCGUCAUAUUUAUGCUCUGUGUGCCAGUGAUAUGUACAUGCAAGUAUUGAACAGUUUCUCUGAAAGAUGUGGAUAUUGAUCAGAUAUUGUAAAUAUAGGUUAACUUUCCUUAAUAUUUGUUUUGUUAUUUGAAACUGAACUGUUGCAUUCAUUAUUAGGCCUUGAUGUGUUUGAUGAUACUGACAAAUUGUUAGAAAAUUACAAGAACUUGUGAGAAAGAUGACAUAGUGAAUGUAUAAACAGUACUCAUAUUUUUGUCUGAGAUGAUAACUCAUGCAUGAGAUGAUAGUUGUGAUAUGUCUAUGAAUUCCCUUGGCAAUUUCGGGAAUAGUCUCAGUUAGACUUUCUUGUUCUGUCCAUACAACCGUGUGAUACGACCUUUAUCCAGCAUCGUGAUACUGAGUUUAUCCAUUUGUGCCUUCCUCCAAGACAUGCCAUGUGGAAUCGAUACCACCUGUUACACCAGGGAAACACCAACUGACGUUAACGUGCAACCAGUCAUUAAUUCAACAGCUAAAAUUACUUCUCCAGAAACCCUGCAGACUUCAACCUUGGCUGAAAACGGUUCUAGCACAACACUGCUUCCCAAUCUGACCACCGUCCACUCAGCAAUAAAAUCAGCUCAAAAUACUACAGAACCCUUUCCCCAAAUCCCCAAUGUUGAACUGAGUUUGAUCCUGACUGCUGCCGUCUUGACAACAAUGUGUAAUCUAGUUGUUCUCAUUGCAUCCAAGUUCACAAGUGGAGGCAAAAGUCCAACCCUAGUGUUCAUCCGAAGCUUGUGUGUCAGUGAUUCUUUGAUCGGCAUUUACGGACUCUUCAAAAUUGUGAUGUAUAUGUCCAUGGACAAACUUCUUGUGAACUUCUUCCUGGCUGAGAGCUUGUUCUUCACAGCAUCCUUGGCUUCGGGAUUGUCUCUUUUGUCACUGAACAUCGACAGCUGCAUGAAGCUUGCGGAACCUUUGAACUAUGGACAUCCGAUGGACAAGAAGAAUGUGAUCACAGUGAUGGUGAUGCUGUGGAACUUGUCCUUCGUUAUCGGGUUUCUCCCUCAGAUGGGAUGGUGUCAGACCAACGGGAAGUUCCAUGUGUUGCGAUUCUUCGUCUUUCAUCCUUGGCAUUACCUUCUGUUUUUCUCUCUGAUAUUGAUAGUUAUUUUUGUGUCGAACAUCCUCAUCACUGUGUACAUGAAGAAGAAGAUCACGCUGAUUCAGUCACAUCGCAGCUUCCUGUCGCCGAAUAGUACCAAGUUUCAGAAAUAUCACACCUUGGUGAUAACGGCAGUAAUCGACAUGGUUUUGUGGGUGUUGUGUUAUUUGCCAUUUUUUGCCUACCUGGCUGUUUACUGUGAUGUGUGUUAUUUCAAGGGCAGGAUGGUUGCCGAGAGGAACAUUGUGUAUUUUAUUCCAAUAUUCCUGACAAAAUCUUUCAUCAGUGGCAUAGUCCAUGGGUACAGAACUGCACAGAUUCAUGAAGUCAUGACAAGGUUUUCGCGCAGCUUUUCAAGGAUUGUACAGAGCUCGCGUAAAAGGAGUCAGAAAGCUGUUGGUAUGAUUUCCAAUGGACAGAACAAUAACCAUAAUGGUGAAAGCCAGGAGCAGGAAGCUGCCCAGUCUAACGCUGAACUGACGCAGUCUACGACACGUAGCAUGGUGAGCGAUGAUAUCGAAGUCAUCUCCUCCCAGAUGACACUGUAUAGUACUGUUAAUAGCUCUGAAGCCAUUACCAGUGAGAUCACCAGGUUGUAGGUCAUGAUGAAUCGUACCUUUUGUCCUUGACCUUGAAUGACCUCUGACCUUGUACAGGAUACCUCACAAUAGGUUGAAGUCAUCAAAUGUGAGAUAACCAGAUUGUAGGUCAUCGUGUAACAGCCCAUUUGUCCUUGACCUUGAAAUGACCUCUGACCUUGUACAGGAUACCUCACAAUAGGUUGAAGUCAUCAAAUGUGAGAUAACCAGAUUGUAGGUCAUCAUGUAACAGCCCAUUUGUCCUUGACCUUGAAAUGACCUUUAGCCUAGUAUGAUACAGCUCCCAAAACACUGAAGGCAUCAGAUGUGAGAUGACCAAGUUGUAGGUCAUGGUUAACCAGACAUUUUGUCCUUCACCUUGUAUUAACCUUUGACCACUAACAGAUCACUUCAGUAUUGAUUUGAGAAAGAUUGUUUGCUAUCAAGACAAAUCAUGUACAUACAUGCAUUUUUCGAAGAUAUUUUCAUAAUGUCCAUGAUUUAGUAUGUUCAUUAAUAAAGCAAUUAUGACAAAUCAAAGGAGAUUAAUUAUGUUUUUUCCCCAGACAGUUUUCAUAAAUUGGUUUGCAUAAUUUGAUAAAACUGU